AUGGGUAGUUCGACGCGGUUAGCGUUGGCUGCCGUCCUGCUGACCAGCCUGAUGGCCGAAGCCCUCUCCUUGGCGGGCGUGGUGCACGGGCUCGGCUACAGACCUCCACCGCCGAAGGUCAGGCGGCAAGCCAAGUCGAUGGGACAUUGUCAUUUCGGUAAGCUGUAAAACUUUUUGCUAUAAGUCCGUCGGGCAAAUAAUGUGGAUCGAGUGGAUUUUUAACGCCUUGAAAUCGCCCAGCAUUGCUUUGCGACGGAUGGAGAUUUGCUGUGCAACUGCGACAAUGCCACAUUAUUUUCCCGACAGACUGAUACAAGUCUAGUCUCCUAAGCCUAUAGGGACCUAACCAAACGCUUCGAAGACUUAGUCAAUAACUAAAAUGUAAUUUCAGACGCCGAAAAAUGGUAUACCGAGCCAGAAGUGACCAUCUCCAACGCUGUUAUGUUUGAUCGGACCAGUGGCUUGACCUGUACGGAAUGUAUGGAACGCUGUGAAUUGUACCAGGUAAAAAAUUUGUGUUUUUCUAGCCUACUUGAAGACUAAUCUUUGCAUCAAAGCGUUUAGGUUUCAUUUUAUCAAAAUUUAAAGCUUUUCGUGGCGGGACCAAACUUUAUUGCAAAAAAAGGGAAAUUAAAAAAGAAUUGAACUUAUCGUAACGCAUAGUGACCAUAAUUUCUUUCCAGAACACUUCCUCCAAAUGGGUUUGCCGCUCUCUCACCUACGACCACAAGUACGAAAUCUGCGACAUCUACGCGAUCAACGGCCAGUCCAAGCCCUACUAUCUGACCGAGUACCAUAUGCGCGAUUACUUCGCCUAUCUUCCCGCCCUGUCGCCGAAGGACCGGGCGCGAGUCGGCGCCUCGCACGAACUGGAAAUCAUCGACGAGGAGGAGAGAAAUCAUACGGCAACAGCGUCGAAACACGUCAUGAUUGACGUGACGGAGAUUGACGGCUUAGCGAAAACCGAAUUUCCAGUCGAUGGAAAGAGCACGGAAGUUGGUUUAGUUGAGCCGACCACAGUUCCUAGUGUCCAUUUCGGAGAGAAAAGCUCGGAACGAAAUGUGGCCACAGAGGCGGACUUGACUUCCGAGCAGUUGAAAUUGAAGGAGGCUAAGAUUGAAGCCGGCAAUGAAAACUCCGAAGCCAAAACUGAGCCCGCCGAGUGGCUUCAUAAGGAAGAAGAAGCUUUGAAGACUGUUGAAGCCCAAACUGAAGCUACUCUGGCUCCGGAGUCUACUUCUGAGGGUCAGAAGAACGAAGAAGCCAAGUCUGAGGGCAGCCUUGCUUCUGAGACCAACGCUGAAUCUCAGAAUGCCGGAGAAUCCAAGACCGAGUCCGAGACCGCAUCAGAAUUGAACUCCGAAUCUCAAAAGCCUGUAGAAUCUACGACAGAGGCGCAUAUCCCAACAGAGACGGCUUCAGAAUCCAAUCUCGGGUCUCAGAAGGCAACAGAAUCGGCCACGGAGGCUACAGCUGCUUCCGAAGCAAGCAUUGAGUCGCAAAAAUCCUUGGAAUCGCGCACAGAAUCUCAUUCGGCGGCAGAGUCCAUCUCCGAGUCCCACAGUGCCUCAGAGACCAUCUCCGAAUCCCACUCUGAAACAAAGGCUGAAGCCGCGACAGAAGUCAAGAACACCUCUGACACUGUUCUCCUUCAUUCCGAAGCGUCUACUGAGCCUUCAUUGGAGGCCGCUGAAGCCAAGACGGAGGCUUCCGAAGCUUCUCAAACCCUCGAGACAUCCGAAUCCACCUCUCAAGUUGCUGUAGAGCCCGCUAAGCUAAAGGAAGAAGUUAAUGUCACCGAAGUUUCGUCCGUUAACAUCCCAUUGACAACCGAGUCCUCCGUCGAAGCUAAGCACUCAUCGGAAAGCAUCGAAGAGCACACGGUUACGGUAAUUGAGACCUCCGAGACUCCCAUUAAGUUGACCGAAACCGAACAGUCCGCUACAGCCUCCAGAGAAGGCGCUGACUUCGCGGCGGCGGCCCGAGCCUCGAAAACCUACAUCAAGUCGAAGACGGGAGAGCAGCUGCCAAUCCCAGGUCUUGGAGGCCACGAACAGAAAGGGGAAGAUCCGAUUCCAUCGAGAAAGUCGUCCAGCAAGAGAUUGGAGAAAAUGAACCUCAAGAGUUUGAGGAAUAUCAUCGCGAACAACGCCCGACAUGAGGAGACUCGAGAGUUCUAUCAAGAACAAAGAACUUCAUGGAACACCAAGAACAUCAAACAGGUUGAUUUUGAGCAUGUUGAGACGGUAAACUCGGGACAUAAGAACCCAAUGUUGUCGUUGAAGAUCAACAAAAUCGCCCCACAACAUGUCGCAACGGAUGACAUUGAAAAACCUCGACCUAUUGAGGGAACCGUCGACGCCUCCUCUUCGGACGCCGUUAUUGACGUGGCAACGCCGUCGAGUCUUCAUAGAACCUCCGUCCCUUCAUUUACGGUAACCAAGAGAGUCUCUACAAGUGAGCAGAAGGCCAUUGAGGAGGUGAAAUCCACGUUUAACGUUGACGAAAAGAAAUCAUCAAAGGAGUUGGUUGCCGCAACAGAAGUUGCCGCCUCCUCGAAGACCUCCGAAGCCUCUCGGAGCGUGGAACAGCCCGAAGGCUUCAAGACGUUCAGCUCGUCAACGUUUGACGAGAAAAUCUACUCACGGGAACCGCUAGCGCCAGAGACCUCCGGUUAUGACAAUCUGCCCAAAACACCAAUCGAUGCUAACACCGAAGCCAAGGCGACCAAAAAAACGCCUUUGGACGACGCACCACAAGAAAAAGUCUCCUUGGACUUUGACACUAGUCAAGAGAGGAAAAAGCUGAAUAUCGGGAAACUGGCGCACGCCGUGAAAUGCACCGAGAACGAGGUGUUGAGGUUUGUCCAGUUUGGAGGCUACGAACAGUCGCAUCGAGACCAUGACGCCAAAUUGGAGCUGCUUCCGGCUGGAAGCUUGGAGGAGUGCCAGAAGGCUUGCAUUGAAUCGUCAGCGUUUGAGUGGUGAGUUCAGGUGUAACAAUACAGUGAAGGACCUGAUCCGACGGCAAAAUAUGUACCAUUUUGUAUCCGGGAGGUAUCAGAAAAUGUAGCAAAAUGCUUCCUUUUCCAAGCGAAAAACUCCGUUUUGAAGGGCGCGCUUUUGAAAUCGAUUUUUUUUCACUUGGAGAGGGAAGCAUUUUGCCACAUUUUUAGAUACUUCCCGGAUGAAACAAUGGUACGGUUUUGCCACUGGAUCAGGUCCGCCACUGUAGUUUCAUCUUGCAAAAACGCAAAUAACAUCAAGUUAGACCUUCUUAAACGUAUAUUUGAAAUCUUCAUUUCACGUUUUUGGGAACCUAUUGGGAUUUUGAAGAAAAUACAGGGUGUCUUAUCUUUACAAUAGAGACCUUGUAAUAGCACCGCUAAGCCUAAGGGCUAAAUUUCUUCGCUGCGAAUUCUUCAGCCUUACUGUUAGAGGAUGCGCUGAGCCUCUUGAAGAUUUUGGAGCCUUAAAUCGGUUCUUUUUCGGCCAAACUUUUGCUCGAGCUCGCAAGAAAAGGCUUCUGACUGUGCUUUCUCAUUAAUCGAUGCACAAACCAAUGAGAAAGCCCAAGCACUACUCACUACCUAUAUGCGUUUUCCUGUCUUUUCAAACUUUUCCAACUUCAGUGCCUCCGCAACUCACUCCCCAACCGGCUGCAUUUUGUCAUCAAAGUCCGCCAACCACGCCGAAGCCAAUUCCUUGGUCGUGAACAAGGAAUCCACCUAUCUGGAGAAGGUCUGCCUUCCCAAAACCUUGGCUGACACCACCAAGCUCAUCUUCGAAGCCGUUCCGGCGUACAUUCUGGUGGGACAUGUGCAAGAGGUCACUGACGCAUCGAGCCUACGGCAAUGUCAAAUCGACUGUCUGCAGGCGCAAGAAAAGUACGGAUUCCGUUGCCGAAGUGCCAUGUGGUAUCCAGCGGACUCGGAUCAGGUGAGAUUUUUAGGUAGAUAGAAAGUGGAAAAAACAAAUAGAAAAUUUUAUUUUGAAUUUUUUCAGAACUGUCUGCUCAACUCGGAGAACAAACAGACGCAGCCAACGGUGUUCGUGCCAGAAGAUGAAGGCGUAAUUAUGUUCUACUUUGAUGUUCCAAGGACUGACGACAGCCCAAUCUCGCAAAACAGACGUUUUAAGGUAGGUUAAUUGAAAAAAAGAAUAAAAAAAUUUUUGUUAAAAAAAUGUCUUUUUCAAAAAUAUCAAAUUUUAAACCAUUCAAAAAUUCUUGUUUUAGGACCUUCCCUUCAAACGGCGAGUCUCCAAAUGGACGCAUUGGUCGAAAUGCGACGAAAAUAAAGAAUACGCGAAGAAACAUCGUUAUGUGAAAUGUAGCAACGAGAAAGAUAUUCGAAAAUGCCCAAAACAAACGUUGAACUGCAAGAAUGGUAAGGGAAAAAAUUUUUGAAUUUUUUAGUUUUUUUUUUUUAUUUUAUUUUAUUUUAUUUUAUUUUAUUUAUUUUUUUUUAUUUUUUUUCAAAAUUUUAAAAAAAUAAAAAAAAUUUAAUUGACCUUAUUUUAUCAAUAUUUUUAAUUUUAUUUUUAAUUUUUUUAUUAUUAUUUUUAUUUUGAUUUUUUACUUAUAUUUUUUGCAUUUUUUAUUUUGCAUUUUUAAAAAAUUUUAAAAACUUCCAAAAAAAAUUAAAUCGACCUUAUUUUAGUCAUUGAGCCCACUCAACCCCACAUUGAUGGAGAAUGCCGAGCAGUUCGAGACCCUCGUGGAAACAAACGGUGUCCACAUGGCGUAAAACUUGACUCCUUCGGAAUUCGACACUACUGCACGCCUCCAGUCGAUUGCUACUGA